AGGGAAAGGCUGGAAGACGAGAAAGCUGGUUUAUGUAUUUCUUAGCCUGUAACCCAUUCUUUUGAAGAUCUCCGAUUGUGGUCUGUUUCGAGUCACUUCUUGUUUGAAUGGAGUCCUCUGGUAGGGCAUGUGGUGCUACCGUCUCUGAAUCCUUGCAUACGGCUCUUUCACCCUGACAGCUGAAUAUCUUCGCUCCUGCAGGGUGUUUCCUCAGAGAGAGGAAGCCUGUUGCACAAUGGCGGUUUUUGAUACUCCAGAGGAGGCCUUUGGCGUCUUGCGGCCCAUCUGUGUUCAGCUCACAAAGACCCAGACAGUGGGGAAUGUGGAGCGUCUGCAGGCACAGUUACAAGUCGUGAGUGACUCUGCCCUUCAGGAACUUCAGCAGUACAUCCUCUUCCCUUUGCGAUUUACCCUGAAGACCCCGGGCCCCAAAAGAGAGCACUUGAUCCAGAGUGUGGUGGAAUGCAUCACCCUCGUCCUCUCUUCAACGUGUGUGAAGGAACAAGAACUUCUCCAGGAACUCUUUUCGGAACUCUCUGCUUGCCUGUAUUCACCCAACUCCCAGAAACCUGCCGCUGUGUCAGAGGAGUUGAAAUUGGCUGUGAUCCAGGGCCUCAGUGCAUUAAUGCACUCGGCUUAUGGGGACAUCAUUCUGACUAUUUAUGAGCCCUCCAUUCUGCCUCGUUUAGGAUUUGCUGUAUCUUUACUGUUAGGCCUAGCAGAACAGGAGAAAUCAAAACAAAUUAAAAUGGCUGCCUUAAAAUGUUUACAGGUUCUACUCUUUCAAUGUGAGUGUCAAGACCAUCCAAGGUCCUUGGAUGAACUUGAGCAAAAGCAGCUGGGGGAUUUGUUUGCUUCUUUUUUACCUGGCCUCUCAACUACACUGACCAGGGUCAUCACAGGAGACUUCAAACAAGGGCACAGCAUUGUCGUGUCUUCCCUAAAGGUCUUUUACAAGACAGUGAGCUUCAUUAUGGCUGAUGAACAGCUCAGAAGAGUCUCAGAGGUCCGAGCAAAGCCUGCCGUGGAGCACAGAGUAGCGGAGCUGUUGGUUCACAGGGAAGCCAAUUGGGUAAAAAAUACCGGCGACAGGUUGACUGUCCUUAUUAAAAAGAUAAUUGAGUGUGUUUCAGUUUACCCACACUGGAAGGUGAGGCUGGAACUGAUAGACUUUGUCGAGGCCCUUCUCUUGAAGUGCAGUAAGUCACUGAUCGAAUCGGCUGGUCCCCUUCUGAAGGCUCUGGUGAGUCUGGUAAAUGAUGAGAGUCCUGACGUCCAAGCCCAAUGCAAUAAAAUUCUGAGACGUUUUGCAGAUGAGAAAGUAGUGGUGGGCAGCAGAGCCUUUGCUGACAUCUUGUCAGAAAACCUGCACUCCCUUGCCACGUCCCUUCCCCGCCUGAUGAACUCCCAAGACGAUCAGGGCAGAUUCUCUACUCUCUCCUUGUUACUCGGGUACCUGAAACUCUUGGGCCCCAAAGUGAACUUUGUCCUCAACUCUGUGGCCCAUCUCCAGCGCCUUUCCAAAGCGCUUAUCCAAGUUCUAGAAUUAGACGUGACCGACAUCAAAAUCGUUGAAGAGCGGCAUUGGAACUCUGAGCAUCUGAGCACUUCUCCAGAGACUUCAGCCUCGCGGCCAUGGGCUCAAAUGCAGAGGAGAUAUUUCCGCUUCUUCACUGACGAGAGGGUUUUCCUGCUCUUGAGGCAGGUUUGUCAGCUUCUUGGUUUCUAUGGGAACCUCUACUUGCUCGUGGAUCACUUUAUGGAACUGUACCACGAGUCUGUGGUUUACCGGAAGCAGGCCGCCAUGAUCCUUAAUGAACUGGUUGUAGGAGCUGCUGGGUUAGGGGUAGAGAAUCUUCAUGAAAAACACAUUAAAACAAACCCAGAGGAACUGAGGGAGAUCGUGACAUCAAUACUUGAAGAAUACACAAGCCAAGAAAACUGGUAUUUGGUCACUUGCCUGGAAGCUGAAGAAGUGGGAGAGGAGCUGACGAUGAUGCGGUCAGGCCUUCAGGCCCUCGCAUCUGGUGCACACACCUGCCAGGCUACCUCUCCUCCCACCUUCUCAAAGCCAAGUCCCACGAUCUGCUCCAUGAACAGCAACAUCUGGCAAAUAUGCAUCCAGUUGGAAGGGAUUGGCCACUUUGCACACGCACUAGGGAUAGACUUCCGUUUGCUCUUGAUGUCAGCCCUCUAUCCAGUCCUGGAGAAAGCUGGAGACCAAACCCUGCUUAUCAGUCAGGCGGCCAUCAGUGCCAUGAUGGACAUUUGCCAGGCUUGUGGCUACGACUCCCUGCAGCAGCUGAUCAAUCAGAAUUCAGACUAUUUGGUAAAUGGGAUCUCUUUAAAUCUGCGUCAUCUGUCUCUCCACCCGCAUACCCCGAAGGUCUUGGAAGUCAUGCUACAGAACUCAGAUGCUAGCCUGCUCCCUUUGGUGGCAGAUGUGGUUCAAGACGUCUUGACUACCCUGGACCAAUUUUACGAUAAGAGAACAACUUCCUUUGUCAGUGUACUGCAUGCCCUGCUGGCAGCAUUAGCCCAGUGGUUCCCAGACACAGGUCAUCUCGGGCAACUCCAAGAGCAAAGUGUAGGGGAAGAGGGAAGUCAUUUGAGCCAAAGACCAGCAAGUCUUGAGAAAGGACUUGAGAAUACCACAACAGCCGAAGACAUUGAACAGUUUGUGCUGAACUACCUCAAGGAAAAGGAUGUAGCAGAUGGAAAUGUCUCGGAUUUUGAUAAUGAAGAAGAGGAGCAGUCAGACCCUCCCGAAGUGGAUGAGAAUGACACUGAUCCCAGUGUGCAGCCACCACUGCCAGUGCAGAUCCAAAUAGCCACGGACGUGAUGGAGCGCUGCAUCCACUUGAUGUCAGACAAAAAUCUGAAAAUCCGCUUGAAGGUUUUGGAUGUGCUGGAUCUAUGUGUGGUUGUUCUGCAGUCCCACAAGAACCAGCUCCUUCCCUUGGCUCAUCGGGCGUGGCCCUCACUCGUGCACCGACUCACAAAUGAUGACCCCCUGGCAGUGCUCAGAGCCUUCAAGGUUUUGCGUACCCUGGGAGGCAAGUGUGGCGAUUUUCUGAGGAGCCGGUUCUGCAAAGAUGUCCUGCCAAAGCUGGCUGGCUCUUUAGUCAGCCAGGCUCCCGUCAGUGCCAGGGCUGGACCAGUUUACUUCCACACGCUGGCCUUCAAGUUGCAGCUGGCCGUCUUGCAGGGCCUGGGCCCCCUCUGUGAGAGACUGGACCUAGGUGAGGGUGACCUGAAUAAAGUGGCUGAUGCCUGCUUGAUUUACCUCAGUGCCAAACAGCCCGUGAAAUUACAAGAGGCUGCCAGGAGCCUUUUCCUCCACCUGAUGAAGGUAGACCCGGACUCCACCUGGCUGCUCCUGAACGAACUUUACUGCCCGCAGGAGUUCACACCUCCCCACCCCAGCCUCCACCCGGUGCAGCUGCGGGGGGCCACUGGGCAGCAGAGCCCGUUCGCAGCCAACGUGCUCCGCCUGCUCCAGGAGCUGCAGUGACCCCGCCCCUCCCCCCUAGUCAGGCAGGCGCCAGAGGAGGUCCCCUGCCUCCCUGGCCGAGGAUGUGGGGCCCACCCCACCCUGGCCGAGGGCGGUGGCGUCGGCCUCAGAGAAGACUGCCAAGGUGGAUUAGACAGCCAAUCGAUUUAUAAAUUGAUCGAUCACACAACUGCUUAGAAACUGGAUUGAAGGAAAGCAGCUGACUGUUACUUAUAUUUCAUACCUGGUAUUUUCAAAUGACAUUGUCUGGCAGCUCUAAGGGCUUAGCUCCUUAGCUUACCAUCUCUGCGGCCCUAGCUGCCUCACAGGCCACCCCACGCACCCACCCACACCCAAGAGCUUGAGGACACGUGGGGCGGAGGCCUGUACUACCCAUCGUGUGUGACCGCGGCGCCUGAGGACCACGUGGAAGUAUCACACAUCGGAGAGUUUUCAGAUCACCGGCCUGCAGCAUGGACUCACACACCUCCCCCUCCUCAAGUAAGGAGAUAAGAACCUAACCUGUUCUUUGGAAGAAAAUGAAAUAAAGGCACUUCUUGGAUGAAAAGUA